AUGCGCCAUGGUGUCCAGCAUCACCACACCAAGCCCCCGCCGCCCCCUAUCGUCAAGCCGGAGGAGGAGGAGGAGGUUGCCUACCAAGCGGCAUUGGCGGUGGCCAUGCAAACCUCCAUCGAGGAGGAGCAGCCCAAGGCGGAGGAGGAGGAGGCGGACUACCAGGCGCGGCUAGCGGUGGCCCUCGCCCUCUUUGCGAUAGGCAACGGCAUGGUGUCGCCAUUGCCGCCGAGGCUCACUCCCCCAACACCCAAGGCUGAGACGCCGGGCAGCAACUCAGACAGCGGUAUACGUUGGAGACGUAUCGACCGCCGGCGGUCCGUAGCCACCGACGUGAACCUUCCGGGGCCAGAUUUCACGGUCCCACAGGCAGCCGCUUUCUUCCGCACCCUAGGCCUCGGCUCGGACGACAUGGUCGUUCUGCUGGGCGCGCACACGGUUGGCGUCGCGCACUGUAGCAUGAUCAAGAAGAGUCGUCUUUACAGCUACGGUGGCAAAGCCGGUGCAACGGACCCGAGCAUGGACCCGGAGCUAGCGGACACCUACAAGACAUAUGUGUGCCCCAAUUCCUCCGACAACAACAUCGUGUUCCUGGACGACCGGUCCAGCGCAUCCAAGCUUGACAACAGCUUCUACAAGAUGCUGCAGCGCCGCCGUGGCGCGCUCAUGGUCGACCAGAACCUCUACAGCGACGGCUCCACGCGCUGGAUGGUCGACGGGCUUGCCAACACCGACCACUUCCGCUGGCUCUUCUCGCAGGCUCUCGCCAAGCUGGGGGAGGUCAAUGUGCUUACCGGCACACAGGGAGAGGUCCGCAGUAUCUGCACCAAGUUCAACCGAUGA